ACGGAGGCCGCAGGUCGGGGCCGGAGCUGCGGAGGAUGAAUGAGGCCGAGGGGCUGCGGCAGCGCCGGCCGCUCCGCCCGCAGGUCAUCACCGAGGACGGCCCGGCGCAGGAGGCCAAGGAGGGCAGUGCUUACAGCAGCAAGGUGUUCCGUGUUACCUUCUUGACUUUGGCUGCGUCUCUGGCUGUGCCCCUGCUUGGAGCAACUGUUCUACUGGAUUGUCCUAUAGACCCCCAGCCUAUAAGCCUGAAAGAACCACCCCUCCUGACGGGUGUGCUAGAGCCCAAUAACAAGUUACAGAAAGCUGAGAGACUAUGGGAGAAUCAACUGGUUGGGCCAGAAUCCAUCGUCAAUAUUGGAGAUGUGCUAUUUACUGGGACAGCUGAUGGAAAGAUUCUCAAAAUUGAAGAUGGGGAAGUACAAACAGUAGCCAGAAUUGGCCAUGGUCCUUGUGGAACUCCUGAAGAUGAGCCAACUUGCGGACGACCACUUGGUAUCAGAGUGGGACCAAAUAACACCCUUUUUGUGGCAGAUGCUUACUAUGGACUCUAUGAAGUUAAUCCAGGCACAGGUGAAACGAAAGUGCUUGUGUCAACCAAAGCACUAAUUGAAGGUCAGAAGUUGUCGUUUCUGAAUGACCUUACUGUGACCCGAGAUGGCAGGAAAAUCUACUUCACAGACUCCAGUAGCAAGUGGCAAAGAAAAGACUACUUAUUCCUGCUUAUGGAAGGCACAGAUGAUGGGCGCCUGCUUGAAUAUGACACAGUAACAAAAGAAGUGAAAGUCUUAAUGGUGGGACUGAGGUUUCCCAAUGGUGUUCAGCUCUCUCCUGCGGAAGACUUUGUCCUGGUGUUGGAAACAACCAUGGCCAGAAUCAGAAGGUAUUAUGUGUCUGGGCUGAUGAAAGGUGGAGCAGAUAUGUUUGUUGAGAAUAUGCCUGGUCUUCCAGAUAAUAUCAGAUUAAGCAGCUCUGGUGGAUAUUGGGUAGCUAUGCCAGGUGUCCGUCCCAAUCCUGGAUUUUCUGCGUUAGAUUUUUUGUCUGAAAAACCGUGGAUUAAAAGGAUGAUAUUUAAGAUACUGAGCCAGGAAACUGUGACAAAGCUCGUGCCCAAGCGUAGCCUCGUUGUUGAACUUAGUGAGACAGGAUCCUACAGAAGAAGCUUUCAUGAUCCCACUGGAGUGACAGUACCUUCUGUUAGCGUGGCACAUGAGCACAAUGGAUAUCUUUACCUGGGCUCCUUCCAGUCCCCGUUUAUUUGCAGACUUAAUCUUCAGCAUGUUUAACCAUCCAUCCAUGAUAAAGUGUCACAGUCCUGAAAUACUCUAGAGGUAUGAAGGAAGCAUGUGAUUGAAGCAGUGUGUGACUGAGGAGGGAAAGUGAAGACAGCCUGUUAAUAAGUGCACUUAGCACUGCUCUGUUGCCACAGGAAAGCAUACAGCUUGCUGUAUCUGUCCUUGGUUUGACUGCUUUGCAGUUGGCAUGAAUAAUACUAAUGUCUGAGGAAUACGGUGAGGCUUCUUUGUGUGGUUAUUUGCUCAAGCAAAAUCCACUGCAUUUCCAAACCCAACCCUGGAGUUUUCUUAAACAGGCAACAUCUGUCACCCAUAAUGCAACUGUAUGUUUAUCUUACCAUUGAAGGGUUUACAAUGUAUGGAAUUUAAACAUGUAUGAUCUGGACUGAAGAGGAUAUCUUGCAUGUGUUUAUACUUCAAAGCCAACUGUUUAGGAGUGAUAUGCCUAGAAACCUAAUUAUUCCACUUGGGUUUUUUCAAUUCUAGCCUAUGUAAUCAACAUUGGAAACUACGGUUAACAGCUGAUCAACAUGCAGGAUCUGAUUUGAUCAUUA